CGGCGGCGGCGGCCGAGGCCGAGGCCGAGGCGGCGGCGGGCGGCCGGGACGGACCAUGAGGCGACGGGGUGCGGUGCAGCGCAAGGUGCCGUGUCUGUUCGUCACCGAGGUGAAGGACGAGCCCUCGGCCAAGCGGGAGCGACAGCCAUUUAAAGUUUUGGCAACUGACACUAUAACUGGAAAGGCGUUGGAGGCAGAUGUACACAAUGCAGUUCCUACUGAAAAAGUGGAUGGAACCUGCUGUUAUGUAACAACCUAUAAAGGACAACCCUAUCUAUGGGCCAGGUUGGAUCGAAAACCCACCAAACAAGGUGAAAAAAGGUUUAAACAAUUCUUGUAUUCAUUGGGAGAUUGCAAAGAAUUUGUUUGGAAUAUUGAAGAGGAUUUCAAGCCUGUUCCAGAUACCUGGAUUCCAGCAAAGGACAUAGAGUUCUCUAAUGGCAAUCCUUUGCCCGAUGAAAAUGGACAUAUGCCAGGUUGGGUGCCUGUGGAGAAGAAUAGUAAGCAGUACUGCUGGCACUCAUCUGUUGUAAAUUAUGAGGCUGGAAUAGCACUGGUAUUGAAACACCAUGCUGAGCCAGGGCUUCUGGAAAUCAGUCCCAUGCCAUUAUCAGAAAUUUUAGAACAAACAUUGGAGCUUAUUGGAACUAAUAUCAAUGCAAAUCCAUAUGGAUUGGGAAGCAAGAAGCACCCUGUACAUCUUCUGGUCCCACAUGGAGCAUUUGAAAUAAAGAAUCCACCUGCCUUGAAGCAAAAUGACAUACUGUCUUGGUUUGAAAGCUGUAUGGAGGGUAAAGUUGAAGGAAUUGUGUGGCACUGCUAUGAUGGGUGUUUAAUCAAGCUUCAUCGCCACCAUCUUGGUUUACCCUGGCCACUUGCAGAGACGUACCUGAAUUCUCAGCCUGUUGCAAUUUCUUUUAAUAGAACUAAAUAUGACUAUGACUUUGAACCAAAGAGUUUGUUUCACUAUUUUUCAAUGUUGGAUGGACAAAGAUUUGACAGACUCAAAGAUAUCAAAUUUGAUAUGGAUAUUCUCAGUUCAGUCAGAGAGAAAAAGAGAGGGUUUUCUAGCCAGGCAAGAGCCUGGGAAACAGUUGGGAAAGAAUGUAAAUAACUCACUAUCUCUCUAUUGUUGUUCACAUUGUUUACAAGAUAGGUUCUGCUACCGUGCGUCAUUCACUGCACACCAAUGGUGUGAGAUGUUUUUACUUUAAGACAAAUGAAAUUAGUCCGCAUGGUGUUCUCUAUAUACAGAGCAGUGCAUUUGAAAUAAAUCAGUUCAUUCCUUGCCUUCUGA